AUGAUUCCCAUUUUGCUCCUCGUGAUCGCUGCGGCUUCGGCUGAGAGCUGCAGCGAUGAGGGCUGUGGCGUGAACUUUCUGCAGUCCGCAACGCGGCUUCAGCGCACGGACACAGAGGAUGUUUGGCCCUCAGCCCGGGGCAGCUGGCCCUUUCUGGCCGUGGGCAAGGACUCAGGGCCCUUCCAGGUGAACAGCAGCCUGGCCUGGUCCUGGCACCACCCGGAGGGCCGGUUCCACACGCUCACCUGGGGCACUGCGCUGGACCACCAGCUCAACGUCUACCUCUCCGCUGCGGACGGUCUCCGGAAGUUCGACCCGGACGGCAAGGUCCUGUGGGAGCACAAGACUUUGCCGGCACGCCUCAUCAACGCGCCCGCCAUUUACAAGGGCGCCGUUUAUGCCACUGACACCUUGGGGGGCGUGCGCGCAGUAGACAUGGCCACUGGGGAGAGGCUGUGGCACACCCAAAUGGAGCCGACUGUUGGAGAGGACAAUGGCUUCUCCAUGGUCCAUGCGGGCGUUGUCUUGACCGCUGCGGACUGGCGGCCCCCCUCGCCCCAAGGCGAGGCCAAUCAAAAGGUGCGGGCGUUGAACGCCAGCACCGGCCAGGUCCUUUGGACCUUCACGCCGGACACGGCCGUGUGGAACUUCCUGCCGCUGUUCCCGGAUCAUGAGACGGUGGUCUUCCAAGACAUGAGCGGACGGGUCUACCGCCUGGGCCUCUUUGAUGGUCGGGAGAUUUGGAAGGCGGGAGGUUUGGAGGGGAGCUGGACGGAUGGCUCGGCGGCGCUCGGCGGCAAUGGCCUGAUAUACGCUGUGAACAACAACAAGCCGCUGGCAGAAAUCAAGAACCUGGACGCGACCGUCCCAGGAUUCCCCAGAGAUACAAACCCAGGCACUUUGAGUGCCUACGACCUGGACGGGAACCUGAAAUGGCAGGUGACAACGCCGAAGCCGCCCAACAAUGCGCCUGCUGUGGGCAAGAUUCACGGAUGGGAUGGACUGUCAGUGAUCAUGCCGAUCUGCCAGCAGGCAUAUCAAGGCGCGACCUGCGACGUCUACGCGCACGACGCGGAUAGCGGAAGGUUGCGGUGGGUCUUCAACGGUCCGACGCAGAAGGGGCUGUCGCAGGCCGGAGACCUGGCGGGGGCGUUGGAGAGAACGCUCUCCGGCAUCCGGCCCGCGUGCCUCCCGAACGGCUGGAGCGCUCCGGCCAUCGGGGCGGACGGCACGGUGUAUCUGGGCAGCGAGGAGGGCCCCUUUUUCGCGCUCCGAGAUGCUGACCGAGAUGGCAGGGUGCUGGGGGAGCAGGAGGUGUCUUAUUUCCAGACUGGCGCCGCAUUCUCUGGAUCCUCCAGCGCAGCCAUUGCCCCUGGCAUGGUCGCGGUGGCCUCGUGCGACUCCCUUUUCGUCUUCAAAAACUGA